AUGGUAAUCAAGCCACUAAGAAUGCCUGAAGCUGGCAUUGACGACAAUAUGUUAUCCAUUGCCCUGGAACUAGAGGCAGCGUCGCUUUUCUGCCGGCAUUUGUCAGUUGAUUCUACUGCAGAUCAGAAGUGUUUGUCGGUUUCGCAAUUCUCACCUGGGACAAGAUACCUCGUAUUAGAUGCUGGCGGUGGAACAAUAGACACAACAGUACAUGAAGUCGAAGCUGACCGUAGGGUAAAAGAAAUACAUGCUGCAACUGGGGGAGGAUGGGGUGGUAUCAUGGUUGACAAGGAAUUCGAAAUGCUAAAUCGAUGUUGUGAACCGCUUGGUGCCUCGUCAACCAUUCUUAAAGGAGCGCUUGUUUAUGGACACAAUCCAAAAUCUGUGUCGGAGCGUAUUCUCAGAUGCACUUAUGGUGUAAAAACAACCAACGCGUUUGAAAGUGGUAAACACCCGGAGAGCAAGCGUAAAGCGUAUGAUAUAGGAGACCGUUGUGAGGAUAUCUUUAAAGUGCACGUUGAAAAGAACCAAGUUGUCUGCGUCGGCGAAGCACAGAUGAGAAACUCGUACUUUCCUCUUAACCGGGGUCAAACAUACAUAGAAUUUCCUAUAUAUGCUUCGGAAGGAAAAAGUCCAAAAUAUACUGACGAAUCCGGCUGUAUUCAUCUUGGCAAUGUUAAAAUAGAUAUACCAAGAUCAAGCGCAGAUCCUACCUCUCGUAAAGUGUGGGUUUCAAUGACAUUCAGUGGCACGGAAAUAAUUAUUAAUGCGGAAGAUGAGGAAUCGGGUAAAAAAGUGAAGGCAUGUCUAAACUUCCUUGGUUGA